AUGGCGAUAGAUGAGAAACAAGAGACUACUCAUGAGUCGCAGAUCGGACUCACCAAGCAACGUUCGAGUCAGACCAAAGACGUUCUGACUUCUACUUCUACAAUCAUCAUCAUCGACGACGACGACGAGGAAACCCUAGAUUCCAAGAAUAAGAAAACAGACAAGGAGGAAACCCUAGAGCCGAAGGAGGAAACCCUAGAUUCUCCGACAUUUAACUCCUUGGUCUCACUACCUUCUAAUGAUGUAAUCACAACCGUCGACAAGGAGGAAACCCUAGAGCCGAAGACGAAGAAGAAGCCGAGACUAGGGUCUUGGUGGGACUACGUUGGGUCUUUCAACGAACUAAGUAUCGUGGUCAAGGGGUUACCGAACAAUGAUGAUGUAUCAAGAGUGGAUUCAUGUUCUUCUUCUACUACUCUUCACAAGAAGGAGAAGAACGGUUCGAGCGAGGAAGAGAUUCUCGGUAGUGGCUAUAGACACGUGACCCUUGAGGAGUUGGGUGUUACGGUCGAGGAUCUAAAGAGUAUGCCGUGGGAACUGUUUGAUCCGAUAUGGGAGAUUAGGUCAGAGACAAUGGAUCCAUGGCUUGGUGGCUACAUCAAAGACAUCAUAUCUCCUGAUCAUUAUAAUUCCCAAGCUUAA